AUAAUUAUCAUUUUUUUAUUUUUCAUUCCCUCAAUUACGAUAUAUUAUUUUGUUAAUUAAUCAGCGCUAAUACUUCAGAGACUAGAGCGGUUUUAAAUUGUCCCUAGUGGUUGUGAUAAAACGUUACAGUCAAAGUUUUAGAAGCUGACAAUAAUCGGUAUUGCGAAUAAGAAGCUUAUGAAAACCAGCACAUGUGAAUGUACUGCAUAUAUAUAUAUAUAUAUAUAUAUAUAUAUAUAUGUAUCUACAAAGGGGAGAGGCGUGAAAAAUCCUGUGUAGUGCGGCGCUUGAUGCCGCUGUUGCUGGUUUGCUCGCAAUGGCUGCCAUUGCCGGCUGGUUUAACUGUCAUGACAGUAGUGCUGGCUCCUUGGUCUAUAAAUAAAAAUAAAAUAAUACGGCAUGUGGUUACAUCAAACAAUACACCAGCAACUAACACCAGAGUUGAGUACACAGACAAUAAAAUUAAAUAAAAAAAAACCAGACGUCGAUUCGUAGCGAACGGUGUCCAGUGAAUUUUAGUCUGUUAUAUAUUUAAAUAUUAAAUUCUGCUGAACAUUCUGCACCUAAAUUAUUUAAUUAUCGAUGAUAAUACAUUAUUUAUUUAUUUAAUUUAUCAAAAAUGUAAUUUAACUUGGGAUUAUUGUGUAGUUAAAUAGUGUGUGGAAUAAUAAUAAUAAAAUAGUAAGUAGAGGUAUAAGAAUAUGAAGUCGAAAACGACCUCAAAACCUCAAAGUGACAUCAGUUGUGAUUUGGAUCCCAGCGAAGUUAACGAGAGCUACGAUGAGUUCAAUACAAUAAUGAUACCGGCAUCGAGAAUUAUCAACAAAAGUCCGUCUAAUGACGAAGGCAUUGAGCCGGAUUCAGAUCUAAAGUCACUGCAUCAAGUCGGUGGAUCCUGGAGCUUGGAUUCCUCAUCAGUUAAUGGUGAUGAUGAUUGUUGUAGACGUGACUGUAAUCCCAAUAACAGCCUGUGGCAAAGGCGUAGAUCGAGAGCCCAAGUCACUCGCUGCUGUAGCUCUGAUAGUGCUGUUAUCAGUGAUGAUGAUCAGAAUCAGAAUAAAGGAUGGGAUAGCUUGAUAAUUGGAGAUAGAGGUGAGUGUGACUCGAUGACGGACGAGAAGCCACGUUACUGGCGAACACCAAGUGUAGUAGUCAGUGAUUAUUCGGAUUACUCGUAUUUGGAUGAGAAAUAUGAGCGCAAUGAGUUUGAUAUUGAGGGAGGCACAAGUGAUACACCUAGUCAGGCGAGCAGUUGUUCUUGUUUAGAUUGCGACGAAAUACGUGAAUUUAAUGAUGAUUUACAUUCAAAUUCUGUUGACAAUCAUCUUCUACGAGUAUGCGGUCUUAGGCGACAUUCUGAUUCGUGCUGUGCGUGCUUGAGUACUCACAAUAAUAUCAAUUCCCGAAUUGAUAUCGAAAGCCGUAGGAAUUCAUGUCUCGCAGUGAGCAAUUCACACUUUAUAAAACUGGACACUAAAACGACAAGUACUUGUGCCGGUGAACGAGGAUACGAUAGUAGUAUCGUUAAUACUGAAGAAAAUAAAACGACAAUUGAACUUCUAGAUAUCCCGCCGAUACGUAAAAUCUCAAACUGUUCAACAAACUCGAGUCUGAGUGGGGACGACUUUGAGGUCACCGAACUGCAACCGUUAAAGAGGCCACAGAGCUCGGCAUGGAAGAAGCUUAAGAAUAUCAUACAGUGGGCCCCGUUUUUUCAGACCUACAAAAAAAAAAGUUAUCCAUGGAUACAGUUAGCAGGACAUCAAGGUAACUUUAGAGCCGGUCCAACACCUGGUACGAUUCUAAAAAAAUUGUGUCUACAAGAGGAAGCCUGUUUCCGUUUAUUAAUGAAUGACGUAUUAAGACCAUACGUGCCGGAGUUCAAAGGUGUAUUAGACGUAAGAGAAGAAGAGGGACAUCAGAAUCAAGAAUCAGACAUUAAAAGUCCCGAUGACACAACUUGCAACAGCAACUCGAUAGUGACAUCGUAUUUGCAGUUGCAAGACUUACUCGGUGACUUUGAGGAGCCCUGUGUGAUGGACUGCAAGGUCGGUGUGCGAACUUACUUAGAGUCCGAGCUGGCAAAAGCCAAAGAGCACCCGAAGCUACGGAAAGACAUGUACGAAAAAAUGAUCCAAAUAGAUCCUACGGCACCGAGUUUGGAGGAGAAGAGACUGCAGGGUGUUACUAAACCGAGAUAUAUGGUCUGGCGCGAGACGAUAUCAAGUACUGCCACCCUUGGAUUCCGAGUUGAAGGAGUUAAACUCACUCAUGGUAGUUCAUCCAAGGAUUUCAAGACAACAAAAACUCGGGAACAAGUUACAGAAGCCCUGAAAUAUUUCGUUGAAAAUCAUCCGCAUGCUGUUCCUAAAUAUUUGCAACGUCUCAAGGCCAUAAGAGCGACCUUAAAAACUUCACCUUUCUUCGCAACACAUGAAAUUGUCGGAUCAAGUCUUCUUUUUGUUCAUGAUUCUAAAAAUGCCGGUGUAUGGAUGAUUGAUUUCGCAAAGACGCUGCCUCUACCAUCGACGAUGCCAAGUAUUCGACACGACGCCGAGUGGGAAGUCGGUAAUCACGAAGACGGUUAUUUAAUUGGUGUUAAUAAUUUGAUAGACAUUUUUGAAGACAUUAAAAAUUCAGAAAAGUUAUAAAUACAGUGAUUAUAAAUGAUAAUUACUGACUAAUUGACAAGAGAGACUUGAAAUAAAUAAUAUUUAAUUUAAAACUCGAGGCUUUUUAAAAUACAAAAGUCGAUUGUGUGACAUUUUUAGUUAUCAUUUAACGUUUUCGUGUUAAUUAAAUGAUAUAUAUUUAGCAAUAUAAAGAAUAUACGUAAACUCGUUAGUUCGAUAGAUUAUUUAUGAUAGUUUACUUGAAAAAGUUGAGAUUAAAUAAAUAAAUAACCGAGAACAUUUAAAUUAAUGAAUAAUUAAAUGAAAAAAAAGUAAAAUAAAAAACGGGAUUUCAAGUUUCUCCUUCGAAAAUAAAUGUGACCUUAUUAAUUAACGCGGAUCUGAUAUUUUAUGCUAAAUUACAUAGAUCCGAAUGCACAGAUAAGAGACCAAAGACGCGGUAGUUUGAUUGCUACCUAGUAAUUUUUUUUUUUUUUUUUUUUUUUUUUUUUAUAAUUAAAUAUCAGCUUCACAAGUACAGUAAAGCAAUAAUUUUUUAUCGAUAAAUUUUUUUAUACAAUAUCUAUUAAUAGAGUACUUUUGCUAGAGUAAUUCAUAACUUAUUAAAUUUUCUUAGUUAAAAAAAAAUAUAAAUAAAACAACAUAAAAAUAAAGAAAUAAUGAUUGAUAUAAUAAUAAUAAAUUUCAACAAUCUCUUUUUACUAAGAGUGCAAUAGUUAAUUUAAUAAACUAUUUAUACGUAAGAUUUUAUUUAUACUUUUGAAAUAAUAUUGCGAAAUCGUCUCUGACCCGAGCGAUAAAAUGUAUUUUAUAUUCACACAAUGUACCACACACAUUUGUAAAUAAAUUUUUUCAUGUCAUAUUAAAAGAAAAAA